CCAGGAGGGCAGUGGGGCAGCAGCAGGCAGGCAGCACCACUCUCCAGAAUCUAGCCCCACACACAGCAGGACUGUGUGAAGAAACUCCCUCACCAUGGCUUCCUUGGGGCAGAUCAUCUUUUGGAGUAUUAUUAACAUCAUCAUCAUCCUGGCUGGAGCCAUCGUACUCAUCAUUGGCUUUGGUAUUUCAGGCAAGCACUUCAUCACGGUCACAACCUUCACCUCAGCUGGAAAUAUUGGAGAGGACGGGACCCUGAGCUGCACGUUUGAACCUGACAUCAAACUCAAUGGCAUCGUCAUCCAGUGGCUGAAGGAAGGCAUCAAAGGUUUGGUCCAUGAGUUCAAAGAGGGCAAAGACGACCUCUCACAGCAGCACGAGAUGUUUCGAGGCCGGACAGCAGUGUUUGCAGAUCAAGUGGUUGUUGGCAAUGCUUCCCUGAGACUGAAAAAUGUGCAGCUCACUGAUGCUGGCACCUACACAUGUUAUAUCCACACCUCAAAAGGCAAAGGGAAUGCUAACCUUGAGUAUAAGACUGGAGCCUUCAGUAUGCCAGAGAUUAAUGUGGACUAUAAUGCCAGUUCGGAGAGUCUACGCUGUGAGGCUCCUCGGUGGUUCCCCCAGCCCACAGUGGCCUGGGCAUCUCAAGUUGACCAAGGAGCCAACUUCUCAGAAGUCUCCAACACUAGCUUCGAGUUGAACUCUGAGAAUGUGACCAUGAAGGUCGUAUCUGUGCUCUACAAUGUCACAAUCAACAACACAUACUCCUGUAUGAUCGAAAACGAUAUUGCCAAAGCCACAGGGGACAUCAAAGUGACAGAUUCAGAGGUCAAAAGGCGUAGUCAGCUGGAGCUGCUGAACUCUGGGCCUUCUCCGUGUGUUUCUUCCGUCUCUGCCGCUGGCUGGGCACUCCUAUCUCUCUCCUGUUGCCUGAUGCUAAGAUGAGGGGCCUUGGCCACACAAAAGCAUACAAAGUUACUGGUACAACAGAAUCCCAGGAAUCUACAGAAAUAUUUUCCACAAGACAUGACCUAGUUUUAUAUUUCUAGAAGAAAAUGAACUCAUGUCUGAAAGUCUGGAGUGAACAGACAGGAACAAGAUGCAAAAGGAAAAACAAAAGCAACCCCCAGACGCCUUCGAUAGGAACAAGACGGACCUAGAAAAUAAUUCAACCGGACUAGCGUGUAGUAAUCGUGCCGUUAAAAUGUGUGUCAGGGUGGGUGUUUUCCCAUGUCUCAGGGACCUCUCCUUCCCCACCAGCCCCUGAGUGAGGAUGGGCUGUUAUGAUGUCACUCUGAAAGUUCCUGAAUGGCUUCCACUGCCAUAUCCUCCUUCUAUAUUCAGCACAUUAAACCAGAGUGCACGCCGUGAAAAGCUGCUAAUCAGCCGCCACUUCUCGACUUGGAUGUGGCAGCAUUUGAGUGACAGGCCCAGUGAUUCACUUCUCAUUAGGAUGCUUUCAAAAGUGCUGGGGCAUCUCCUCCCACCUGACAAAUGCCAAACACAUAGGGAGGGCGAUCAUAAUUUUAGGACUAACAAAAUAGUUGAGUGAUGCUGAUUUUUUCCAAAUAGUUCAAGUAACUUCUCCCUUGGGCAAACAAAUGCCCUGUUAUUUCUCAGAUGAUGCUGAUGUGUGAAUUGGCUCCUCAUCCUACUACGUGACCUUAUAUCAUCAUAAGGUUUGAAGUUUCUACUUUCUAUCCUGCACAGAGAGCUGUAAUCUCAGCUUCUAUCCCCAUAGUACUGGGAGUAAACCAGGAUGAUGUCCCCCUUCUUGUUCCCCAUGUGACUGUUGGCAAUGUAGAGACUGAUUGUCCCAACUAAAGGAAGAGGGACAACAGGGUCUCUGGUGUCUAGAGGAAAGAGCUCAGAGAUUAUAUUCAACAUGUCCCACUGGUGAAGAAUUUAUCCAACUUCAAUUGCCAACCACAUCAAGGUCUGGAAAUCCUGAAUUGGGAUAAGAAAGAUCCAGAAAGUGAGUGAACAGCCCAUUUGCUUCCUGAUGGUGGGUAUCUACUUAUGUCUCUGGCUACUGUUCAGAGACCCAGGUCUCUGCAUUGUGCGAUAUGCUUCAGUGAACCCACGUGAACCUCCAUGGGAUUGUCUUCAGCUCACUGUGCCUCUGAAUUCCUCUCCCUUCAUUCUGUGUCACACAGCAAGUUUGGCUUGAACGCUGCCUGAGUGCCAUUUCAAGUUCUCUGCCUCUGGAUUUUAGAUCUCAAGACCAUGGGUAAAACAUUAGUUAAGGCAACAAAAGCAAAUCUCCCUUGAAAUAUGCAGAGACUCGUGGGCUCUGAGGGUUCUGUUUGUUUUCAGACGCUAGAGAUCAAACGUGGACUCUCAUAUGCUAAGUAAGUGCUCUGCCAAUGAGUUACACCACACAGAGAUCUUCUAAAAGAAAAUAGGGCCAUACUCUGAAAUGAAGCCUUGAGGGAUGCGGCUUGGAUGGCAAAGAACACUUUUCACCAGCUCCCUCCUCACACUCAUGUGUCAAGCACUGCCUCCCUGGACUUCAGAUCACCGUUUCUGUACUACAUUUUGCUACAGAAGGCUUGAGACCAUUCAAGAGAAUUAUUAAAUACACAUCCUCUGAGCUGC